AUGUCUCACAGAAAAUUCGAAGCACCAAGACACGGUUCACUUGCUUUCUUGCCAAGAAAGAAGGCCAGAAGAGAACGUGGUAGAAUCAAGGCCUACCCAAAGGAUGACCAAAGCAAGAAGUCCCACAUGACUGCUUUCUUGGGUUACAAGGCUGGUAUGACUCACAUUGUCAGAGAAGUUAACAAGCCAGGUUCCAAGUUGCACAAGAAGGAAUGUCUCGAUGCAGUUACUAUUGUUGAAGCUCCACCAAUGGUUGUUGUCGGUGUUGUUGGUUACAAGCAAACUCCAACUGGUUUGAAGUCCAUUGGUACUGUCUGGGCUAAGAACAUUGGUAACGAAUUCAGAAGAGUCUUCUACAAGGACUGGUGCCGCUCGAAGAAGAGAGCAUUCACCAAGCUCACCAAGUCAUACUUGGAAGGAGCUGCUCAAGAAAAGAGAACUCAAACUUUGGAGAGCUUUAAGAAGAAUGCUGAUGUCAUUAGAGUUGUUGCUCACACUCAACCAUCCAAGGUCAAGUCCAUUAAUAACAAGAAGGCCCACGUUGCUGAAAUUCAAAUCAACGGUGGUAACAUUGAUGAAAAGAUUAAGUUUGCUUUGGCUAACCUUGAAAAGCUUGUUCCAGUUGAUGCUGUCUUUGCCAAGGACGAACCAAUUGAUGUGAUUGCUGUAUCCAAGGGUAAGGGUACCAAGGGUGUCGUUUCUAGAUGGGGUGUCAGACGUUUGCCAAGAAAGACCCACAGAGGUUUGAGAAAGGUUGCUUGUAUUGGUGCUUGGCAUCCAGCUAGAGUUUCAUUCUCUGUUGCCAGAGCUGGUCAAAAGGGUUUCUUCCACAGAGUUCAUCAAAACAAGAAGAUUUACAGACUUGGAAAGUCUCUCCUCACUGAAGAAGGAAAGAAGUCUGCCAUGACUGACUUUGACUUGACUGAGAAGGAUAUCAACCCAAUGGGAGGUUUCGUUAACUAUGGUGUUGUUGAAAACGAUUGGGUCAUGAUUAAGGGUAACGUUCAAGGUCCUGCCAGAAGAGUUGUCACCUUGAGAAAGACUUUGAUUCCAGAAAACAGAUGGAACAGAUCCAUGAAGGAAGAAAUUACCCUCAAGUUCAUUGAUACCACCUCCAAGAUUGGUAAGGGUAAAUUCCAAACCACCGCCGAGAAGAACAAGUUCUUGGGUCCAAGAAAGAAGCAAUUAGAGCAAAAGAGACUUGAAGAUGAGAAGAAGCUCCAAGCUUUGAAGGAAAAGAGAAAGGCUGAGACCAAGUAA